AUGAAGAGGCCGUCCAGAGACGUUUAUACAGAAAGAAGAGAGGAACGAACAACAUAUGAUGGAGUUUUAUAUCUCGGGGAUGUCAAGUUCACGUUUCAAGAUAAUAAAGCAAUAUACGAACAGUUUCUUGAUGUCAUGACUGAUUUCAAGACUCAGAGAACUAACAGAACUGCCGUUAUGGCCAGAGUCAAAGAUUUGUUUACAGGACAUCGCCACCUUAUUCUAGGGUUUAAUACAUUCUUGCCCAGAGGAUGUCAGAUCACUCUCCCACCCGAGGAGGAGGAAGAAGAAGCUUGUGAAGAAGAGCAGGGAAGGCGUAGUCAAAGAUUAAAGAUGAAAAGGGAGGAAAGAGGCUGGAGGGAUCAUUGUGAUGAUGACACACAUUUUGAGCAAGGUCAAACUUCUUCUUUCGCAAAUCAACCUAGGAGGAGGAGGAUCAUGAGAGAAAACACAGAUAAUUCUGGAACACGCAAGGGUUCAUCAUCAUCUUCUAUUCACAUCAAUGAACCUGAUGAUUAUAAGGACACAUGCAGAAAUGUUGAAAAUAGAGAAAGGGAUCAAUCUGACAAUAAAGAUGUAACCGGCCAAAAGAUAUCGUUGUACAACAAUGAUAUGUAUAUAGGAAAGCCCAUUCAUGACCUAGAUCUUUCCAACUGUGAGAAUGUCACUCCAAGUUACCGUCUUCUUCCUAAGGAUUACCCAAUUCCUUUGUGUAGUUAUAGGACAGAAAUUGGUAAUGAAGUACUCAAUGAUCAUUGGGUAUCUGUUUCUUCAGGACGUGAUGAUUAUUCUUCCAAGGACAUGUGUCAAGAUCCGUAUGAAGAAAUCUUGUUUCAAUGUGAAGAUGAUAGAUAUGAAAUGGAUUUAUUAAUGGAGUCUGUGAAUGCCACAAUUUUGCUUGUUGAGGAUCUUUUGGAGAAAAUAAAUAACAAUGCCAUUGCGGCAGAUUGUCUUAUAGAGCAAUUUACAGCUCUGAAUCUAGGGUGCAUUGAACGAAUAUAUGGCGUCCAUGGUCUUGAUUUCAUUGAUGUAUUGAAGAAGAACGCACCUCAUGCUUUACCGGUUCUAUUAAGACGCUUGAAGCAGAAACAAGAAGAGUGGACUAGAUGCCGUGUUGAAUUUAACAAGGUUUGGGCUGAAAGUUUUGCUAAGAAUUAUUAA